AUGGCCGACUAUCAGCAAGGCCGAAACAACGGGUCUCGUGGCAACGACUACGGCCCCCCCGCCUCUAAUUACCAGCGGGAUGCAGCCUUCUCCAACAUUUUUGGCUCUGCCCCUUCUGGCCGAUCCCAAACAAUGACCUCCUCUACACCCUCUCUAAAUGGCAUAAAUCAACGAACGCAGACAAUGGGCGGGCAGGCUGCGGGAAUGCAAGGGGGGAUGCAAAGACCUCCACCUCAGAGGCAACCGCAAGGUGGUUAUCCGCAACAGAAUGGGGGCAUGCAGAAUGGAGGGCCGAAUGGAUAUCACCAAGGACCAAGACAACAGCACCCGGGCCAAGUUCCAUCCCAACCACAACCUCAGCACCUGCCUCAACAAGCACGUCCAGAUCGCAGGCCUUAUGCUGGACCGCAUCGCGUUGAUCCUCGUGCUCCGCCGCAGCAGCAACAAUACCCGCAAAAGCCGGCACCUCAGCAACAGCGUUAUUACCCGGGGCACCAAAACCAGCCAGGACCUGCUUUGAACUCGGAUCCUUAUCGUUCGCAGUCAAUGGCAACUAUCACGAGGCCUCAAAUGUACCAGGCGCCCUCUAGUGGCUUUCAGCAAGCACCAGCGAAUGCUUUCAGGCAAGCUCAAUAUCACGGGCAAGCUUCAAGGACUACUGCGCAAGGACGUGUAGUCCCUGAGAGGCAUGAUGAACGAGCAAUGUCCAUGACAAGCUAUCCACAAGAUCGAGAUCAACAUCAGACCAUGAGCGGGAGGGUUAUUCCAAACCGAAGGACCUCAACCGGACCGCAGGAGCUGCAAAGCUUUUCGAUUCCGGGCGCGAGGAGUCCUGCUGUACAGACACGUACUACCAGUAUUGCUUCUUCGACAACAGUCGGGGGUGACAUGAAUAGAACCAUGUCCAUGGCUUCUACGAUUGCGCCUAGUGACAGAACCGAAUCACUCCAACAUCGACCAUCAGUAGCUAAGUCAGUUAGCAGUGGUAACGGCACUCGGCAGAAAUCACCAUUGGUGUAUCCGGCAUUAUUAUCACGGGUUGCAGAAUGCUUCAGAGAAAGAAUCGCGGUGGGGGACCGUACGAAGAACGAUCUCACGUACAAGAAUGCAUUCAGUGGGGCCGAAGCAGUUGAUAUCAUUUCUUAUAUCAUCAAAACUACGGACAGAAAUUUAGCGCUGCUGCUUGGACGAGCUUUGGAUGCCCAGAAGUUUUUCCACGAUGUCACAUACGAUCAUCGUUUGCGUGACUCCUCGGUAGAGAUGUAUCAAUUUAGGGAAACCAUGAUGGACGAGCCACAUGAGCAACCGGAAGUCAAUGGUGUUUUUGUUCUUCUUUCUGAGUGCUAUUCACCGACGUGUACCAGAGACCAACUUUGUUACUCCAUAGCUUGCCCACGAAGGUUAGAACAGCAGUCGAGGCUAAAUCUCAAGCCACAACCUGGUCUACGACGCGAGAAGUCAGAAGCAAGUCUUCACGAUGUCGACGAACCGGACGAACAAAAGCUUUGGAUAAACACUGUGUCACAAGAGAUUGCUGACAGUGUUGGUGACCGGGAGAAGAAGCGCCAAGAAGUCAUCUCAGAAAUCAUGUAUACUGAGAGGGAUUUCGUGAAAGAUUUGGAAUACCUUCGAGAUUUCUGGAUCAUGCCCUUGCGUUCUACAAACCCUGCUUCCCCAUCACCUAUCCCCGAAUCAAGAAAAGAGAAGAUUGUGAAAACCAUAUUUUCAAACAUCAUUGACCCUCCUAGUAUUCACUCCGUUAGCUCUCGCUUUGCUGAAUCGCUUACCGAACGACAAAAGAAGCACCCUGUUGUAAAAUCGGUUGGCGACAUAUUUCUCGAGUUUGUUCCUCAGUUUGAACCGUUCAUUGUUUAUGGUUCAAAUCAACUGGGUGGUAAAUUUGAAUUUGAAAACGAGCGCUCCUUGAAUCCAUACUUUUCAAAGUUUGUUGACGAGACCGAGCGGCGGAAGGAAUCAAGAAAGCUGGAGCUAAACGGAUAUUUGACGAAACCUACAACCAGACUGGCCCGUUACCCGCUGUUACUGGAAAAUGUUCUCAAAUACACUGAGCAGGAAAACCCGGACAGACAAGAUAUUCCGAAGGCCAUGAAAAUGAUCCGUGAGCUUCUGAGUCGAGUUAACGCAGAGUCUGGAAAGGCUGAAAACCGAUUCAACCUCAAACGCCUGCACGAGCAACUUCGAUUCCGACCUAAUGAACGUGUGGACCUCAAGCUCACAGAUGAGAAGCGAGAACUCAUCUACAAGGGUGCCCUCAAGAAGACACCAACUGAUCCUUCCGAGAUCCAGGCCUAUUUAUUCGAUCACGCUAUGCUUUUAGUUCGUUCUAAGAUGGUUGGCAAGAAGGAAGAGGUCAAGGUUUACCGUAGGCCAAUACCUCUGGAACUUCUUUCCAUCCGCGAAAUGGACGAGGUGAUUCCUAAGCUGGGCGUUGUCAAGCGACCCUCUUCAAGCUUGCUUCCCGGUGCAAAAGCUGCGAACGACUCUGCCAAGAAGGAAGGCUUCCCUAUCACAUUCCGACACAUUGGCAAGGGCGGGUACGAAUUGACGCUCUAUGCGAACACUCAAGGUUCGAGGAGUAAAUGGAUGGAAUACAUCGGCGAACAACAAGCUGCUCUCAGGAAACGAGGCGACUUUUAUAACAAGUCGGUGUUGUCAAGCUCCUUCUUCUCCGCCAUUAACAGAGUCAACUGUGUGGCACCAUUCGAUGGUGGCCGCAAGUUAAUCUAUGGGACAGACUCGGGUAUUUUUGUAUCUGAUCGUCGCGCAAAGGAUGUUUCCCUUAAGCCGAUGCGAGUUUUGGAUGUUGCAAACGUCACCCAGAUCGAUGUCCUCGAAGAGUAUCAACUACUGUUGGUUCUGUCCGCGAAGUCGUUGCUUUCGUAUCCUUUAUCGGCUUUGAAUCCAAAUGAGCCUGCCCUCAACAAGCGGCCGAAGAAAAUCCAAAGUCACUGUAAUUUCUUCAAGACAGGAAUAUGUCUUGGCCGUCAUCUCGUAUGCUGUGUUAAGUCUUCGGCCCUCUCGACUACGAUCAAGGUCUUUGAGCCUAAUGAUGCCAUGUCCAAGGGCAAGAAACAGAAGGGUUUCAAAAUGUUCAGCAAUGGGCAAGAUGAACUGAAAGCGUUCAAGGAAUUUUAUAUCCCUACUGAAUCUUCGUCAAUCCAUUUCCUCAAAUCUAAACUCUGCGUUGCUUGUGCCAGAGGGUUUGAGGUUGUGUCAUUAGAAACUCUGGAAACUCAGUCCCUUCUCGACCAGGCGGACACAUCAUUGGAUUUCGUAGCCCGAAAAGAGAACGUCAGACCGAUCCACAUUGAGCGACUCAACGGCGAGUUCCUCCUCAAUUACUCUGAAUUUUCAUUCUUCGUCAACCGCAACGGUUGGCGAGCGAGACCUGACUGGCGGAUCGAUUGGGAGGGACAACCUCAAAGUUUUGCUCUUUCGUAUCCUUGGAUACUGGCAUUCGAAACGAACUUUAUUGAAAUCCGGAAUAUCGACACAAAUGCGGUACACAUUGUGCCACAUAAGAACAUUCGUAUGCUCCAUACAAGCACGCGGGAGAUAAUCUAUGCAUAUGAGGAUGAAAGAGGAGAAGAUGUAGUCGCGGCGAUUGAUUUCUGGCCACAGGGUAAGCGGCCAGAGUCUCAACACCCUGCUUCUUCAGCACAAGCGGAGCAUCGAGAUCAUCCCACGACUUCAUCACGACAUUAG